AUGCGCUCCUCCAAUCACCCCUUCCUUCUCCUUCUGCUCGGGGCAUCAGCAGCCCUUGCAGGAUCCAACAAGACUCAAACCCUACCCAGCACCAGUUCUCCCUCUCCUUCACCCCCCUCUCCCCUCACCCGUAACAUAAAAAUCACAAACAACUGCCCAGUGGGCCUCUACCCAGCCAUCAUCGGCUCAGAUGGAACACCUCUCAACGAAACAGGGUUCCACCUUGCUAGAAACGGCACCCGCACAGUUGUCGUUCCCUCAUCCUGGUCCGGGCGAGUAUGGGCUCGGACAAACUGCACAUUCGGCGGCGACGGCCGCGGCCACUGCAGCACGGGGGAUUGCGACAAGAAGUUAAUCUGCGGCACCACGAGCGGCGAAAAGCCACACACGAUCGCGGAGUUCACAAUGAUGGGAUACAAGAAUGCGACGUAUUACGACAUCAGCACUGUGGACGGAUACAACGUCGAUAUGGCAAUUAUUCCCGAAGAACCUGCGGGGGCCAUCCUAUCUUGUUCAUUUAGACCCCUUCCACUCCGCCAACCAUUCGCCCCUUAGCCGCGCUAAUGUCGAUGCGAAUACAGGUGUAUCGAGGCCCGAAAACGGCGCUCCGCACUGGUGCCCCGACGAACUCCUGCUCACCCCUCCGAAGGAAAAUUCAAAAUCAUUCCUCCAUCCCGGUGACGACAUUCCGAGGGGGUACUUCAGCCCCUGCCACAGCGCGUGCUCAAAAUGGGGUCGAGAUCAGGACUGCUGCGCCGGCGAAUACGACAGCCCGAAGAAGUGCAAGCCGGGACUCUACUCGAAACGCAUCAAGAAUGUGUGUCCCGACGUGUACAGCUUCGCCUACGACGAUAGCUUAUCCACAUUCACGUUGCCGAGCGGGCCCGGCUUUGAGAUCAUGUUUUGCCCGGACGGGGAGAGCUCCAUUUCGAAUAAGAGAAAGGUGAAGAAAUCCACGGGUCCGGAGGAAGCCGCGAACGAUACAGCGGAUCCCCACCGCUUCCAGCCAAGGUCGGGCGCAGAGAGAUCGAGGGGUCCAUGGGGCUACCCGAUCCUGCUAUCCCUACCGCUUCUGACAUUUCUUAUUGCACUCUUCCCUUAA